CUGAGUUAGAGGUUUAUCCAGGGCAAAAAAAUCAAAAAAAAAGAAUUAGAACACAGUAAAAAAGUAGUGUUAAGAUUGAUGACAAAUCUGACAGAAAUGGGUAGAAUCGUAAUAGUAGACAAUUACUACACUUCGUUGGGCCUGGCAGAAGAUCUUCUAUCACAAAAAACAUUUUUAUGUGGAACACUUAAUAAAAUACGGAAAUAUCUGCCAAAGCAAGUUACUAGUUACAAAUUGCAGAAAGGCGAAAUUAUUGGAAAAAUGAACAAAAAGGGCGUAAAGGUAAUGAAAUGGAUGGAUAAACGGAAUGUUUUGAUGUUGACUACGUGCAAAGAUCACGAUGAUAACCUGAUAGAUACUGGAAAAAAGAAGAGAGGAACCGACGAAUGCAUAAAAAAACCGGGAUGUGUUUUGCUGUACAAUAAAACAAAAAAAGGCAUUGACUUUUCUGACCAGAUGUCUUCUUAUUAUACAACUUUGAAGAGAGGAAUCAAAUGGUGGAGAAAAGUUGUAAUGGAGCUAAUAUUUGGUACGGCGCUAAUUAAUGCCUGGAUUGUGUUUAAUUCAAUCCAAACUGAUGGAAAAAAGUUACCAAAAAGACUCUUUGUGGAGAAACUUAUAGAAUCUUUAAUAAAAAAGGAAAUCGAUGAGACCCCAGCACCUCAAAGCGCACGCCAUUGCCUCGAAAAGGGUGAAAAAAGGAGAAGAUGUGUUGGUUGUUACCAAAAACUACGCACAUUUUUACCAUCCAAAAUCCAAAAAAUCCAAAAAGAUUUUGACUCAGUGCACUCAGUGCAAAAAAUCUUAUUGUCUACCCUGUUUCAAUGAAAAACACUCAUAAAUAAG